UGGGCCCCUGUACCGCCUCCUCAUGCUGCUGCCAGGCCCGUAAAUCUGCCAUGGGCCCCCGUACCGACUCCUCAUGCUGCUGCCAGGCCCGUAAUCUGUCAUGGGCCCCUGUACCGCCUCCUCAUGCUGCUGCCAGGUCCAGAGUGUGUCAUGGGUCCCUGUACGGCCUCCCAUUGCUGCUGCCAGGCCCGUAAUCUGCCAUUGGCCCCCGUACCGACUCCUCAUGCUGCUGCCAGGCCCGUAAUCUGUCAUGGGCCCCUGUACCGCCUCCUCAUGCUGCUGCCAGGUCCAGAGUGUGUCAUGGGUCCCUGUACGGCCUCCAUUGCUGCUGCCAGGCCAUAAUCUGCCAUGGGCCCCCGUACCGACUCCUCAUGCUGCUGCCAGGCU